CCGUGCAUUUCGCGCCCGAAUUUCGCUAACUUUUCGGAACAUUCGUUGACAUUUUUUGAUUUAGUGAUGCGCUGUUUUGUUGUGUUGUUCGUUUUAUUUUUUGUUUUCCUACCGAAGCCGGCGGAGGCGAUUCGAUGGCUAGCCCUGCACGAGAGCGUAGGGAACUGGACAGAAAGCGAUUGCUGGGAGGCGAAACAAAAUGGUAGCCUUUGGGGUGAACAGGCCCGAGUCUGUAGGCGGCAGCCAACAGCCAUGCCUCACGUAGCGGCCGCAGCACGACUGGUCCGUUCAGCCUGCCUUUCAGCCCACGCGGGCGACCGUUGGAACUGCUCAUCCAUUGAACUAGCACCGAAGUAUACGCCAGAUUUGCUCACAGGUACAAGAGAACAAGCGUACGUAUACGCAAUGUCGGCGGCCGCAUUGUCGUGGAGCGUGGCGCGAGCUUGCGCAUCGGGCUCGCUCGCUGCUUGCUCCUGCGCUGCCCCUCCACGUGCUCCACCGCGGCCACCACGUCAGGCAACCUCAGAACCCCAUGCGAGAUUUAAGUGGGGUGGUUGUGGGGAUAACUUUCAUUGGGCAGAAAGAUUCGCCAGGCAGUUCUUAGAUGCACACGAAAUAGAUAUACGUGAUGGAAACUAUGAGGAAUAUGAAGAACCCACCACGACCGAAUUAACAACGCUGGAAUCCACAACAGCCCCACCAGUUGUCAUAUUGGUUGAUGAUCAACCAGCACCGCCAAAUUUCACAACUAUGACCCCAAAAAGGAAAGGUCGGCGGGGACGAAAACGUCUCCCUAGGUCACCCCGCAGAGGCAGGCCUACGCGGAAACGAUUCAGAGAACGAUAUGAAUAUGAUGAUAGAGGCUUCAGACAUCGCAAUAUAGAAUAUCGUAUGGCGGCAGACGACCCCCGCUUCGACCCUCAAGUGGAUUUGCAAACUCGGCUCGAACGUUUACGACCGCUUAUAGCUUCUGCAAAUUUGAUGAACGUACGCUUUGGCAGGAAAACAGUAUCAAGUAGUAUGCGCACAAAAUGCACAUGCCAUGGCGUGUCGGGAUCGUGUUCUGUACGAACAUGUUGGCGAUCCUUGGCACCAUUACAAAGAACGACCUCCGAAUUGGCGAGGGAGGCAGCACGGGCUGGGCCUCUAAGGGCCACAAGACGCGCUGCUAGGGCGAAGCCCCGGCUGCGAUAUGUCACACCAAGUCCGGACUACUGCGAACCGGAUACCGCUGCUGGAUCAUUGGGAACCCAUGGCAGGCAAUGCAAUGUCAGCCUCGGCAACGGGCCUGGUGGCUGUGGAAGGUUGUGUUGUGGCCGUGGAAGAAAGGCGCUACGUCACAGUCGACUUGAACGCUGUCAUUGCCGAUACCAUUGGUGCUGUCGAGUUGACUGUCAACUAUGUCGAGUUACCAGCGAAGAACAUUAUUGUAACUAAGACAUUCCAAUCAAAAUACAGCGGGGAUAUACGAAUCGAUUUUUUAUUUAAAGGCGAUAUGAAAAAUGAAACCGAUUUGAAAUUCAGUCAACAGUAACUAUUUUAAAAACGUCUCCGCUAAAUGCGUUAUUUUACACAAACAGGCAUUUUAGCUUCCUUAUUUUGAAAUCUGUCAAUACUCAUAAAUAGUGGUACUCUUAAUAAUAAUAAAUAUUUAUUUGCAAAGAAAGUGGUACUUUUAGAUUCCUUAAUUCUAAAAAAUAGGCAUGCAGGUGUCAUAUUAAUUA